UUCAGAUUGUUUUAAGCCGUAUAAACAUCUUUCGGUUGAUGAAGCUAUGGUAAAAUUCAAAGGGCGUUUAGGAAUUGUGCAGUAUAUGCCUUUAAAACCAGAUAAGCGCGGGCUUAAAAUUUGGAUGUUAUGCACAUCUCAUUUGGGUUACACUGUAAAUUUUGAAUUGUAUGCUGGAAAACGAGAUAAAAUUGUGAGGUCAGGCAAAGGAUUGGGAUACGAUGUUGUUACACAUUUGAUAAAACCCUUAACAAGCAAGGGACAUGAACUCUAUUUUGACCGAUUUUUUACCAGCGUUCAGCUGAUGGUUGAUUUAUUGAAAUACAAAUUUUAUUCUUGCGGAACUGUUAUGCCGAACAGAAAGCACUUGCCACCUGAAAUUAAAACAUUAAAAUUGAAAAUCCCAAAUGAAAGUCAGACUUUUCAAAAUGAAAAAUUUCCGAAUUUGUUGUGCACGUCUUGGGUAGAUAAAAAGCAAAUUUUUAUGCUAUCAACUAAUACAAAAAAUGAACUGUGUCAUGUGAACAGAAGAAAAGGAGCAGACAAAAUUGAAGUUCUUUGCCCACGUUCAUUCGCAGUAUAUAAUACGCACAUGGGAGGAGUAGAUUUGGCAGAUCAGAGACGUAAAUAUUAUACAGUUGCCAGAAAAUCAUCCAAAUGGUGGUUGUAUAUAUUUUGGUUCCUUCUGGAUAUUACCAUCAAUAAUGCCUAUAUAAUUCAGCAUACGACAAAUUAUCCUCAACAAAAACGGUCAAAAACUUUGUAUGAUUUCAAGCUGGAACUCAUACAAGAAUUAGCAAAUGUGUAUUCAUAUAGAAAGCGCACUUCAGCGUCAUUUGAACCACUACUAGUCAUUUUCAUAAACGAAGAAAAAUUGAAGGGCGUAAAAGAACGUGCGUUAAAUGUCGAAAGCAAAGAAAUAAAACAACAGCAAACAAUUCUCUUCAAAGCACAUGGGAAUGCGAAAUCUGCAAGAUGUGCCUUUGAAAAGGCUGCUUUGAUGACUAGACAUUCCAGUUUCUCUUGCUAUAUAAAAAAGGCCCUUUUCAGGGCCAGCAAAUAA